CUCAGUUGGCAAUUGGCGUGGGAGGAGGAGAGACACGCACGGUCCCGCUCUCUCUCUCUCUCUCUCUCUUUGCCCUUAUCCGUACCUGAUUUUUGUUUGGGAGAGGAACGUUUCUCGCUGUUGUGCCUUAUUAUCCGCGUGUGCUUUUCAUUACUAUUUUCUCAUAUGUCUUUCCGAAACUGUGGAUAAGAAAGGGAGGAAGAGGGAGCUCUGUGUACAAAUACAUAUAUUUUUUAUACUAAAUAAGGCAACUGGAGAUGUCAAUGCGUUUUGAUAAAAGGACGAAUAUAUAUUUUUGAUGAUUAUCACGUGAUGCGUCGAGAUGUCGAGUACAUAACCCCGACGCUCGAUUUCCGUCAGGAGCACUCCACAAUUCUAUUUAUAAAUGCAAGUGAAAGAAUCGCAUCGAAGGAUAUUGACCCUGUUGUCUUGAUAUGAACUGUGCCUCGUAAAAAAAACCACAAAAAAAGAAAAUCAUCCAUCCAUUUUUAAAACAAACACAAACCUUCAAAAGAAAUUAAUUAAACCGUAUGCUUAAGAAACGGCGUGAUCUUGACACUCGAUUGACCACACCGAUGUAAAAGCAAAACACGCACAGGGCAAAGCUUCCCCACUACAUAUGCAUCGCCAGCCAGGGGGACGAGAGACAUAACUGGAGCGACAAUGUUGGUGUUGUGGUUCACUCAGCGGUUCUAUCUGUUGGUUGUAACGCAUGUGUGGUUGGUUCUCCUCCAGGGGGCGCUGCAGGAGCUCAAGAUCUACAGCUCGCCAGAUCUCGCGGCCGUUCAGUGCGAUAACAACUUUGCGUCUUUUGCUUUUGGUUCCGGAGACGGCAGAGGCGAUGUCGGCAUUAUGGAAGACUACUUCGCGCCCGACAUGGAGGAGGACGACGAAUCACCGCUGCCGAGAUUCGAGGGCUCGGGAGUCGGCCUCGAGGGAGCGCCCCCCCGACUGCCGCCGCCCCCGCCCCUGCACGGCUGCAGCACGGAGCACUGCCAGGACAUGGGCGUGCGGGUGUGCUCGGGCGUGGAGUGGGCGCGGGUGCAGUUCCCCAACUGGCUGGGCCUCAGCCCGCCCGACGUGGAGCCCGUGGCCGCCCUCUUCUGGCACCAGCUGCACACCAUCGGCUGCGGCGCCCACUUCCGCUUCGUUGUGUGCAGCAUCCUGGUGCCGCCCUGCACGCCCGGCCUCCCUGCGCCCCUGCCGCCCUGCCGGGAGGCGUGCGAGGACGCUCUGGCCCACUGCCUGCCCAUCAUGGACAAGUUCUUCCUGACGUGGCCCGAGGCGACCUUCGCGUGCGCCGACCUGCCCACCAGCGCGCAGCAGCCGUGCCUCAGGUACCACCAGGGCCAGGUGGUGUUCCCCGAGGGCGUGCGCGCCAACUGCUCCCUCGACGACCCCGGCGACGGCGCCUACGACUAUGACGGCUACGACCACCUGCCGGAGAUCAAGGCGGACGACGAGGAGGACUUCCUCGUCGCGGGCUCCGGAGACGGCGACGACACGGACCUCUCGUUCCUCGUCUCCGCCCACGACCUCGGAGGGACAGGUCCUGCUCACGAAGCGCCCGCGUCCUCGUCCUCUCAUCCUCCUUCUUCUUCUUCUACUUCUUCAUCCUCCUCCUCCUCCUCCUCCGUCACGCCCAUCCCGCCCCCGACCCACACCCCUUCCCCUCUCCCCGGGUCGACCUCCUCGCCCCCGGAGGCCACCGACAGAGCCCCCCCAAUGCUGAGGUCACGGCCUCACCUGCCUCGAAGCGGCCUGCCUCCCGAGGUCUUCCAGCCAGGCUCCGGGGACGCUAGCGCGGGUUACCAGUUGGGAAAUUAUGUUGUAGAGGACCACUUUGGAAUCCCCGGCCCGAAAGGUGAUAAGGGGCAGCGGGGCCCUCCAGGCGAGAGUGUAGCUGGCCCACCCGGCCCUCCCGGCCCACCCGGCCCACCCGGCCCACCUGGCCCACCUUCGUACCUGAACCCGGGCUUGAAUAUGCCGGAUUUCGGCUCCGGAGCUGGAGAGGAUUUCAUCCCCGAGAUGGAAUUCAGCGGGAGUCGGCGAGCACCACCCACGCCGCCCGGACAGUGCGCGUGCAAUGAGACGUCGCUUGUUGCCUCAAUCCUCGCGCAGAUCCCGCGCGGCCCCCCCGGCGAGGACGGCAAGGCGGGCAGGGACGGCAUGCCCGGGAUCCCUGGCACCUCCGGCCGGCCUGGGCCCCCGGGGGAGCGGGGCCCCAUCGGAGGCAAGGGCGAGAAGGGCGACCGCGGAGAGAGGGGCAACCCAGGACCCGAGGGCCAGCAGGGCGCGAAGGGGGAGUCGGGCAUGGACGGCGCCCCUGGCAUGCCCGGCGAGAGAGGCCCCCAAGGACCCCCCGGGAAGCCAGGCUGGGGCAACUCCAGAUAUGACGUGGACGGCGGCCUGGCCAUGGCACCGGCGAGACCUGGGACUCCUGGCACCCCGGGCGAGAAAGGGGCACCGGGAGCGCCUGGGAACCGUGGCCCUCGAGGAUACACAGGUGCCAAGGGGGACAGAGGCGAGCCUGGCCUGCGAGGCGACAAGGGAGACACGGGCGAACCGGGAAGGAGCGGCCCGGCAGGACCUAAGGGAGAACCAGGAUCUCCCGGUAUGAACGGCGCCCCCGGUCCUCCAGGCUUCAUCGGGGUUCCUGGCGACAAAGGGGAUAAAGGUGAACGAGGUGAAACAGGUGUCGGGUCACCGGGUCCACCAGGCAGGCCAGGAGGACUCACGCAGGAAGACCAUAAGGCUAUUGUCGAACAGGUGCUGGAGACUCUGGAAACCAAGCACGGAGGCGUCGGAGUCACCAUAGGCUCUGGUAUCAACGUUUGGGACGCCCCUGGUAUGCCCUGGAGCGCAGGUUUGUCAUCCUGUAGGCCUAAGUCAUCACCAAGUGUUCCUGUUGUGUUCAUUAUCGGGUCUUUUUUUAAAUUCCUUUCGCUAUGACUGGCCAAUCGAGUGCUUUUACUGUUCGUAGAUGUCGUGUUACGCUGCCUAUUGUCUAUGCUGUGCCAAGUGGUUAGAAAAAACCUGGUCUGGGCGAACUUUACUGUGCAUUGUUUGGGUACAGUACAAGUAGCUAGUGACAUACCCAAUUUUACAUAGCGUGGUAGAGGUAGCCGGUGUGUAGCCCGAGGUCUUGUAGAGAUCGACUGCUUUUUAUCUAGGAAAUGACUAGGUUAUUGUCUUAGUUCUAU